AUGUAUUCAAGGCGAGUUUUCGUGGUCGUGGGCUUUGUCAUUAAAGUAGCCUGCAUCAAUUUCAACUUCGAGUCAACCCAGCUGCAAGAGGCAGACAUCAAAGACUUCCCCGCAAUAGCCUUCGGGAACAUUUCCAAUUUGAAUAGCACGUAUGAUGGGCCACAAUGCAAGGUAUUCCCCGAGUCUCCAGAUUGGCCCUUGGAUGACGAGUGGGUGAAACUAAACAACACACUCGGCGGUGCGCUACUCAAACCCGCGCCACCUGGCGCGGUUUGCUACAACAGUUCAUCGUACUACAACUCAGACCAGUGUACAUAUAUCGUACGGAACGCUGCGAAUAGUCGCUUUUAUAUCAAUGACCCCCUAACCGUUUUGACGGCAUGGGCACAAGGAAACACCUGCCCCGCGACGUUAACGACGCAGGGUGUGUGUACCCAAGGAGGAUUUCCAACGUACGUGGUCAACGCGACAACAGUCAAACAGGUACAAAUUGCCGUGAACUUUGCCCGGAACAGAAACAUACGGCUGGUCGUUAAGAAUACUGGCCAUGAUUUCAACGGCCGAUCUACAGGCGCGGGCGCUCUAAGCAUUUGGACACACAACUUGAAGAGCUUUGAGUAUAUGCCGCAGUAUACUCAAGGUGAGUACUCCGGCAGGGCUGCGCGAGUCGCAUCGGGCUUGGAGUCGUGGGAGAUGUUCCCUUACAUGGCGCUACAUAACAUGACUGUGGUCGUUCCUAGCGGAUACACUGUCGGUCCGUAUGGCGGCUGGAUGGCUGGUGGAGGACAUUCACUUCUAGGUUCUCUAUACGGCAUGGGAGCCGAUCAGCCCCUUUCGCUUCAGGUAGUCACUGCCAACGGACGGUUUAUCACUGCGGAUCCAGAGACAAAUAAGGACUUAUACCACGCUCUUAGGGGAGGUGGACCUGGGUCUUACGGUGUCGUGACAUCAGCCAUAGUGAAGGCAUACCCACCAAUCAUAGUCACUGCCGCACCACUGAGCUUCAACCUCUUCUCUGGGCCUUUGUCAGUGAGUAGCAUCACUGAUGCACAUCCAUCAGCUGCAGAUGACCCAGUAACAGUCAACGACACUGAGGCUUUCUGGAGUGCUCACAAUCUCUAUUACUACUUCGGUAAAGCUGUUGUCGAUGAUGCCAACGGAGCGACAUAUAGCUAUGUUUCACGGACCGGCAAUGGUAGCUACUCUUUCCGAAGUACGUUUGAGUUUCCAGGCAAAACUAUACCACAGGUCAAGGCUUUCAUGCAAACUCUUAUAUCUGCCAUCAACGACCUGGGAGUUCCAGUCAAGAAUGAAGACCCGACAGUCUCCACAAGCUGGACUUCCAUGCGUGACGGGAAGGGGGACACUCCUGGCUCGUCUCGCUUCUCGUCGCGAAUCUUUCCACAAAAAAAUUGGGGAGAUAAGGCACUUUUCAAUCAGACAAUGUGGGCUAUCCGGGAAACUGUGGAAGCGGGCUACCAGUUUCAUGGCAUACAUAUGACCCCAUCAGAAGCAAAAGCCGGAUACCCUGGUAACAACGCGGUUAAUCCUGCAUUCCGAACAGGCCUCAUGCAUGCAGACGUGUUCGAUCGCACUACUGGUGCAAGCACGUCUCCCGAAGAGGUAAAGAGUAAUCACGCUCGUCUUGACUCCUACAUGAACAAGAUACGGGCGGUCACCCCUGGAGGAGGGGCCUAUGUCAAUGAGGCCGAUGUGCUAGAACCUAAUUGGCAGACAAGUUUUUGGGGUAGCAAGUACGAAGGUCUUCUGGAGAUCAAGAAGAGACACGAUCCGUGGGGGCUUUUCUGGGCUCCCACUACUGUUGGAAGCGAGGAGUGGGCUGUGAGGACAUCGGAUGGCCUGCCCACACAGAACGGUCGGCUGUGCAGGGUUUGA